AUGAGAAGUGCAAGUAAGACGGAUAUUGAGGACAAACGAGUGUUUGUGCGUGUGGACUUUAAUGUUCCUGUGUCUGAAUCAAAAGUGCUUGAUGACUUCAAAAUAACAUCUGUGAUGUCUACGAUUAGAUACAUUCACUCAGCAAAUCCAAAGCGCAUUGUUAUUGGAAGCCAUUUUGGUCGACCAAAUGGAAGAUAUGUCGAGGAGCUUUCACUAAAGCCUGUAUACGAAGUAUUGAAUAAAAUUGUACUUGAUGAGUUUGGUGCAAAGUUGGCUUUUUGUGAGCUGUCUGAUCUGAACAGAGUUGAUGAUACAUGGGUUUUGUUAGAGAAUCUCAGGUUCUAUAAAGCAGAAGAAAGCAGUGAUGAUGAAGCAGAAAGUGCUGAGUACACGAGACUUUUUAAAGACAACAUGGAUGUUGCAAUUAUAGACUCAUUUGGAUGUCUUCAUAGAGAAUGCGGAUCUAUUCAAAGGACUGGGCUACGUUCAUUUCCUGGUGUUUUUAUGCAAAAAGAGCUGGAGUUUACCAAAUACUUGCUUGAAAGAAACAUUGAUGUGAUGAUUCUUGGAGGAAAGAAGGUUUCUGACAAGUCAAAGCUGCUGAUGUCACUGGGAAAAAGAGCAAAAUGUCUAAUUAUCCUUGGCGGGUUGUCAUAUCCAUUCUUGAAGUAUAGAUUGAACAAAGAGGUUGGAAAUAGCAUUGUUGGCGAUGUUCCCGAAGGCAUGGUCCAGAUGAUAUGUGAUGUGUUCGACAUUAAUCAAACAGAAGUUAUCCUACCGAUUGAUUUUGUGGUUAUUAAUGAUGGUAAAGCUCAGAUAAUGAGUGAAAUACCACCGAGUGGAUGUGCAUUGGAUAUAGGACCCGCAACCAUUCGAUUGAUACAAGAAAGAGUAUCUAAGGCUGAAUCCGUGUUUUGGAAUGGCCCGCCCGGUGUUUUUGAACAACGUGGGUUGUCUGAUGGAACCAAGGCACUUGUUGGCAUUCUUGAGAGUAUGAAGAUGAGUGGAAAGAGAUGUCUUUGUGGAGGAGGAGAAACAUCUGCAGCAAUUAGGAUGUUUGGAAAGUAUGAGAACUUUACGCAUGUAUCAACUGGAGGCGGUGUUUUAAUGAAAUUGCUGAAUGGAGAAGAUCUUCCAGUAUUAGAGUUUUUAUUACAUCGGCCUUCAUGUGCUUAG